GUUGGCAUGAAUCCUGUGCUCGUGGUCCACGGUGGUGCAAUCGACCUUGUCGACAAGGACCGGACAGAGCAGGUGCGCCAGGGCAUCGUCAGAGCCGCCACCGUUGGUUACAACAUCCUCAAGGGGGGAGGGAGCGCAGUUGACGCCGUGGAAGGAGCCGUGACCGUCCUGGAAGAUGAUCCGGAGUUCAACGCGGGUUGUGGAUCUGUGUUGAACAUAAAUGGUGAAGUUGAAAUGGAUGCUAGUAUCAUGAAUGGAAAAGACCUGUCUGCAGGAGCCGUGUCUGCAGUCCGCUGUGUAGCAAAUCCCAUUAAACUUGCACGGCUCGUUAUGGAAAAGACACCGCAUUGCUUUCUCACUGACCAAGGGGCAGCAAAGUUUGCAGCAGCCAUGGGGAUUCCAGAGGUUCCUGGAAAGCAGCUGGUAACAGAGAGAAACAUAAAACUCCUAGAAAAGGAGAAGCAUGAGAAAGAUGCUCAGAAAUUAGACUCUCACAAAAACUUGGGAACUGUGGGUGCUGUGGCCUUGGACUGCAAAGGAGACGUGGCUUAUGCAACCUCUACAGGGGGCAUCGUUAAUAAAAUGGCUGGCCGAGUAGGGGACACACCAUGUAUAGGAUCUGGAGGUUAUGCUGACAAUGACAUUGGAGCCAUUUCAACGACGGGGCAUGGGGAAAGCAUCAUGAAGGUGAAUCUGGCCAGACUUGCUCUCUUCCACGUAGAACAAGGAAAGACAUUAGAAGAGGCUGCUGACAUUUCCUUGGGUUAUAUGAAGUCAAGGCUCAAAGGUUUAGGGGGCGUCAUCUUAGUCAGCAAAGCAGGAGACUGGGCAGUAAAGUGGACUUCUGCAUCCAUGCCCUGGGCGGCUGUCAAGGAUGGCAAGCUGCACUGCGGAAUUGAUCUUGAUGACACCUGUAUCACUGACCUGCCCUAAGCCCCUGGAAGAUUGUAUUCUAGAUGCUAGCUUGGAGGUAAAGUACAGUUGCCUGGUGCGGAGACUUAGCUUAAUCAAUUAGAUCUAGAAAUGGAAAAAUUCUGCAGUCUGUCACUCCUUUUGUUGCCUUGAUCUGAGUGUUUGGUUGAGGGGCGGAUUCUGAACUGAUGAGGGAAAUGCCUGUAUUAAGGUCAAAGUAAGACUAGUGAGGGUGACAAACCCUGCUGAGCCUUCCUCGUGAACAGUCCCCUUAUCUUAGGUUAGGAAGAAGAAACAACCUGAUGCUAACACGACAGGAAUGGCCUCAGUGCGGGGAGCCUUUGGAAGUGGGAGACCCACAGCGGCGACAGAAGCUGCAGCCUGAAAGCCGUGGGGGAUCCGGAGGAGACCGACUGCCCGGGCUCUCUUGGUUGAGACUUCCCCCCAGGACCAG